AUGACCAGAACUUCUGUCUUAGCUGAUGCUUUAAACUCCAUUAACAACGCCGAAAAGACCGGUAAGCGUCAAGUCUUAAUCAGACCAUCCUCCAAGGUCAUUAUUAAGUUCUUGACUGUUAUGCAAAAACAUGGUUACAUUGGUGAAUUCGAAUACAUCGAUGACCACAGAUCUGGUAAGAUUGUCGUUCAAUUGAACGGUAGAUUAAACAAGUGUGGUGUUAUUUCCCCAAGAUUUAACGUCAAGGUCGGUGACAUGGAAAGAUGGACUGACAACUUAUUACCAGCCAGACAAUUUGGUUACGUUAUUUUAACUACUUCUGCUGGUAUUAUGGACCACGAAGAAGCUAGAAGAAAGCACGUUGCUGGUAAGAUCUUGGGUUUUGUUUAUUAG